AUGAAUUUCGGGUGGGCCGAAGUCCAGCGACAUCCGAUGAAUGAUGUCGACGCGUUUACAACAGUGGCGGCAUCAGAACUCACUUCGUUUGCCUCCCGUGUUUGGGGAGGACUGCAAUCGGCGGUGGCCGGAUCGAAAGCCCGUGACACAGCAGCAGCACGUGCCGACAACAAACAGAGAAACAGGGAGAAUGGGUCUGGUGAUUCUACGGACCGAUCUCUCAGAGUGCUGGCUGAAUUCGUUGAGCGAAUCACAGAGAAAGGUGUUGAUGGAAUCGUUAAAGAAUACAGGCGACUAGACAAUUUCUAUGAUACGGCAGCUACUUAUGAGGCGUUUAGAGCAAAUAUGCCUAAGAACAGAUAUUCAGGUAUGGAUUUU